UAGGAUUUGGGUUGGGUUUGGUGUUAGAGCUAAGACUUGUUUCCGGUUUUAUGGUGCAUAUUGGGCCCUCCUGAAAUAAGUUGUUCUAAAGGCAUUUUGUUAAUACCCAACUCCACAUCCUACUCCUUUCUGUUUAAACAGCUGACCUCUAUAUUUCUCAGUUUGUUCACAAUUUUGCCUGAUACUGUUGUUCAAGCACAUAAUUUCUGUUAUUCAACUUUUGUGAAAAAAAUUUCAGUACCCUACAAAUCAUGCUCGUUACUAAUGAGCAGUCAUGAAGGAACUUAAAAAAAUACCUCAGGAUGCUUCAUAAUGACAAGAAUAGAAUGACGUACUUUCGUCAAGAAUAAAUUCUUCAGGAGAUUUUGGAUUGCCAAGUUUCAAAAGACAAACAGGGGCGAAAAUGUGCAGCAUACUUAGUGCAUUUCCAGGGUUGGAAUAACAGCUGGGAUCGUUUGGUUUUGGAGUCAUUCAUACUGAAAGCAACAGAAGAAAACAAGGCAUUAAUGAAGAGACUUUCGGAGACUGCUAAAAAAUAUCACAAAAAUAGCCGCCGACGUCGUAAAAUUGAGCAAAUACUGAAAGCUUCUGGAAUACGAACACCCUCCUCAUUUGACAGUGACAGCUGGAGUGAAGGGAGUAGCAGCCAAGAUGAUCAGUCAGAGACAGAGGGGGAGGAUGAGCCAGAACAGAAUUCUCCAGAGAAUGGCAAGAAGAGCAGAACUAGGAGAAAAAUGCCUCAGAAGCAGCAGAUGGGAGCUCCUGUUUCCAUGGAAAUUCCAGAGAUUCUUAAGGCACACCUAGAAGAGGAUUACAUAGCUGUCAGUGUCAAAAGCAAGCUGUGCUUGCUGCCUGCAAAACCUUGUGUCCUGGAUAUUCUGGAAGGAUUCAUGAAAACAUUUUGCAUCAAUUAUCUGUGUGAAUCCUUUGAGCAAAAAGACCGCGACAAAAGUCGUGUUGAAAAGAACAUCAAAAUACCACCUGAGCACCUGGUUUCAUUAUGUAAAGAAGUGGUAGAAGGGCUUCGCAUCUUAUUUGAUUUCACCCUUCCCAUAAUUCUCCUGUAUGCCACAGAACAAGAACAGUAUGAAGACAUUAUGAAGCACACCAUUGCUGCAGACCUUCAUUUUCAGGACAGUCUUCACAGUGACAAGGGGAUGCAUGAGAGUGGCAGCAAACACUAUCAUCGACAAGGAAAAAGUGAGUUGGAAGACGAGGAGAUAGAUGUAACUCAUAGCACACGGCAACGCCACUUGUCUGGCCACAGACAAGUGAAAAUUGAACAAGAGGAUGAUUGUGAUGCAGUUCAUAAUAGUGAUGAUGUUCCACGAAGGGUGACACGACGAUAUACACUAGAUGCACAGCGGUCUCCUGAAGAACCAUCAGGCACAAAAAAUCUCAAACGGCAAAAGAAACAGUUGUCCCAAGAUGGUGGACAAAGUCCCAAAAUGUCACCUCGUAUACGUCGCAGACGAAACCAUGAAGGAAUUCUCACUGUUAAAGUGGAGGAUCAGAGUGAUAGUGAAGCAGAAUUUUCUCCCCCUGCUUCAGCAUCAUCUGGUGUGGGACAUAGCAAUGAUGCUAGUGCACUCACUGCCUCUCUCAGCCAGCUUUGUGAAGCAGGCAAACCUCUUACAGAGUCACCAUCUCAAACAGGCACAGUGCACAAAAAAGAAGAUUUAGCAGACAGCAUUCUAGCCUGGCAGAUUUUACCCCCAGAGAUACGCAAGAAGUCCCCAGUGACUCCAUCACAGGUGUAUGGCAUACAGCACUUGCUUCGCUUAUUUGUUAAGUUGCCAGAGUUGCUGAAUCACAUGCCCUUUGACCCCAACAAGCUGCAAGUACUAGUGAAAUUGUGUCAUCACUGUCUCCAGUAUCUGAUUGAGCAUCAGGGAGAGUUCUAUCGAUAAGAACACACACUUCUUAUUAAAAGAUUGGUGGGCUUCAAAUUUUGUUUCUAAUAAUAGGUAAAUUAAAAAGUACUCAUUUCCCUUCUUGUGAUAUAACCUCUAAACAUCACCAUGUGCAGUAGGAAGUCAAAAUUUCAACUGUUUUAACACUGUUCCCAGUUCUCCCACAGAGACCUUUACAAUGUAAAUGCACCCAGGCAUUGCCCUAGUCUGUGGUGUUGACUCUGCAUGGUGAAGUUUGUAGGCAUGUAUCUUGAGAAUUGAAGGGAAUAUUCAUCCAGAUCUGGGGAAAUACUCUCAUGCACUGAGCUUUAUCGUUUUAUAAGAAACAUAUUUUCUGCCCUGCUAGCCAUUCAGAGACUUAAAAUCUAGAUUCUGGUGGUGAAGAUAAGCCCAAUUCCUCAACAUGCCAUCAAGAUUUGAAGACAAACAUGAGAGCAGCAGCCCACAAACUGGAACUGUUGGUAUUGAUAUAUGAGUAUGGUCAUAAGUACAUGAGGCUCCAUGGUUUGUGUUUUCUCAGGGUUGCAACAAUACAGCCAAUUGCAGAAUAUUGUAAUGGAUGCAUUUAAAAUCUAGUCUUUGCUAGUGCAUGGAUUUGUUUUCAUAAAGAUAUUUCAUCUGGUUGGUUUCUUCUUCAAACUUCAGAAUUAUUUGGCUGCUCCAUUUCCAGGUUUAUAAAUCCAUGAUUUUGGGUGUAAACAUGUGGGUAUCUGUUUCCAAACAAGUAUACAGGAUUUUCAGAGUUCCUAAAUUCGUCUUUGCUCAGAACCUAUGUUUCAGGUCAAAAGUCAGAGCUUGAACUACCAAACAAUAUAGCUUUAUACUGUCACAGAACUCAUUAUUAUCAUUAUGUCUGAAAGUUUUUAAGUGCUAACAGAAAGUCUUAUGUGCACUUUAUGAAGCAUGGUUAUAUCAAGUAAAGACACAUGCAAUGAA